UUUUCUUUUUCAGUGAAUUGCUUGCUCCUCUUGCCAAUGGACAACUCAGCAUUUGAAAUGCACGGAGAUGCAACGCAGGGUGUUUUGUCUGUAGGGAAGAUGAACACUGUCUCUGGAAUGGAAAAGAAGAGGCAGUGGUCAUUGAUGAGUGUUUUCCUGGUGUGUCUCUUGGCCUGCACCAUUACCACAGCAGUAGGAGUCCUGAUUCUCUCCUUGGUCUAUAUUAACAACUCUCAGCCCCGUUCAGAAGUUCCUUUAGAACCCGAAGCCUGGCCUCUGCAAGCAACAACAAUUCCCAUUGUGCAAAAGGCUGUUGAUCCAAAAUUCCAGUUUCUUAAUCAUCUACCUAAAUCCAAGGUGUUUGAGUUCCCUGGUGGUGCAAUUCAGUGGGCCCGGUACAGGAGCAAUGUCAAAGACUAUCUCAGCCUUGAAGAAGAGGCCUUUGGCAGCAGUUUGAACAGUCAGCGAUCGCAGAUGACUCUGGGGACCCUGAGAAUAAAAAGCAAUGGCCUCCGGGCCCCUCACUGGCACUUCAACGCUAACGAACAUGGCUAUCUUGUGCAGGGAUCAGCGUGGAUUGGAGUGGUUGAUGAUGGUGGUGUGGUUACCACGUACAAUGUCACAGCUGGCCAAGUGAUCUUCUUCCCUAAAAAUACACUGCACUGGAUAAAGAAUGUGGGAAAUGAAGACUGCUUUUUCUUACUCUUCUUUUCCACACACGAUGAACUUCAGACCCUGGAUGUUGAUGAUGUAUUUUUUUCUACACCUGAGGACAUUGCUUCCAGGUCACUUAAGCCUGAAGGUGGAAUUAAUUUCAUUAGAACAUUCCAUAAGCAAGAAGAGGAUCAGGCCGUCAACCUUCCUCCCCACCUGGCAGAACUGGUUAUGAAUGCUAGUUAUGCACAGUCUCCAGACAGCCUUGUGUGGAGAUACUUUUAUGACCUUAAAGGUUCAAAAGAAUAUCGAUUUCCAGGAGGAAUAAUACAACGAGCGCAAUAUUGGAGAAAUGCAAGUGAACUAAGCAACAAUGAAAAAAUUUUUAGUGAAUUCCUGAAUCAGCAUCAAAAUGCACUCGCUUUGAGUACACUCAGAAUUUAUAACAACGGAUUACGACAGCCACACUUUCAUUUUAAUGCAAAUGAAAUGGGAUAUGUAAUAAGUGGAUGUGCAAAGGUGGGCAUUAUUAAUACUCAGGGUACCAUAGAGUUUGACAUUCACAUUGGAGAUGUGGUAUUUUUCCCCACUGGAACCCAGCAUUACAUUAAGAGCACAUGUGAUGAGGAUUUACUUUUCAUUCUUGCCUUCAGCACUGGAGACCAGUUGCAAACCCUUGACAUGGAUGAUUAUCUGCAAGCCACGGCAGACCAUAUCCUGGCCCAGCUUUUCUUCAAGAAGCAAAGUGAAUUUAAGAAGAUCCCCAAAUUCAAGGAGGACCAGGCAAUCAACCUGCCUUAGAUUCGUUGAUGAGUUCAUGUCUAUUCUUCCUUCUUCAUUUGUUACUGGUUUUGAAGGAGGAUCACUUGGCUAAUGAGCCUGGAGCUCUCCCCAGAGUGGAAGUGAGAAAGCAGGUGCAAAGCAGCUCCAUGGGCUUAUUUAGCUGAUAGUAAUUAUGGGCAGUUCAUGCUAAGGGAACAUUUCAGUUUAUAGUCAUGCAUCGCUUGACAAUGGAGAUACGUUCUGAGAAAUGUCUUUAGGAGAUUUCAUCAUUGUGUGAACAUCAUAGAGUGUACUUA